AAUUCCAACAGUUUUUUAAUGACAUUCACGUUUGUUAAAUAAUUCCUGUGUGGUAUAAUUGAAAUUGAAAUCAAUAACUUAACAAGUAAGGAACGAGUUUCAGAAUAAAUUGGAUUAAAGGAUUUUUUCAGAAUAUCGUAGGCAUACUUGAAAUUUGCGGUAUGGAUAGAAUUGUGCAAAACACUUUACCCCCUGAGGCAUACCCGAGGUACAAGCAGAUAUGUCAACACGUACAACGUCUCAACCGAAAAAGCCAUAGACUCAUUACAAAAUGUGGGGUUCGAGAUGACACGAAUGUUCUGGGAUUUGGAGAGGUCGUCAUAAACGUUUCAUCUAAAGGUCAAGGUGACCCCGUCGACGUCAGAACAUUAGCAUAUAAACCUGUCGAUUCAAGUAGGAUUCAAAGAAAAACGUUUAAUGUUGAAGAGUUUAAAACACUCAAUUUUUCCAGCUUUAGAGAGGGUCUAAAGAUACCUACCAUUUUUGUUGCUGAUUAUGAAACAUUCAAGGCUAAUGACUUUCCAAGCUUCUUUGGGCGCUUAAUCAUACUAGUAGCCGAAAACCCCGUAGAGGAUGAGCAUCGAUCGAAGGCAAAUGACGUUCAUAUUUGGAUUUCGACCAAGGAAAAGCUUUCCCAAAACAUCUGUAACAUGCUUGAAAUGUACGCGCUUAGACAUAUCCGAGAGAGAACAGACAUUCUUUUAACAAUGACCAGAGGAUGUAAUGACCAGGCGUACUACCAUGCCUUACAAAACUGUUUAGGCGCGCAAACAAUUGCAAUGAAUAGUCCUGUUAUCAAUCCUUCGACUAUUAGAGGUGAUCACCAUUCUGUCCAAACCCACAGACAAUACAGCCGCGAUUCCACUGUGGAGGAAUAUCUGACUGUUUCCAAGGAGGCACAUACCCGACUUGUUGACGAAAACAAGCAGUCAAUAAGAGAUUUACAUGGCGAAAUCAUUGCUAUGUAUGGGCGAAGUAACCUACCCGAUAACGAAAAGCCCAAACCACGAGAUAUCGACCAUAAAGUCGACAAAUGCAUCGCUGAUGCUAUCCUUCAGGAAAUUGCAGGCAUUAAGGGUUUAGGCUACAGAUUUGGGACCCUAAAUUUCUAUGCAAACAGUAACAUUUUGAACGAAGAAGAAAAGCAAAAACUUCUUCUUGAUAUCAAUGCAAGCUUAGCAAGGUUAAAUAUUGAUGUCGACAAUUACGUUUUAAGGGUUGGGACACAUUAUGAAAGCUUUUCAUCAAACUGCAAAGUAGGUAGCAAGGUGUUUGCAAUAGAAGGCAGCUUUGGUACGCUUGGUGGGUUUGCUGAAAAAACUAGAGAGGGUACUACAAAUAUGUGCGUUUUAACCGCGAACCAUGUCGUUUCUAAUGCAGAGAACAAUGUUUUGAAAAUGAUCAGACCGCAAGGAAAUUUAACCUUAGGAGAAAUAUUGCCUCACCAGGAUAGCCUGCAAUUUUCUAAUCCCAUUGACAUAUGUGCAACAAAAGUAAAUACUCAACUGUUGAAAAUAUGUGAGACAAAACAGAAAAAUUCGGAUGGGAAUGAAAGCGAGAGUCAAGUUUUUGACUUUGCAACUGAACGAAUAAGUGCACUUACAGGCGAACUUGUGUAUAUCUGGGGCGCCACGUCGUCGCCUGGAAAAGGGAAAAUAGCAAUGCCCGAAUAUUUUGAAAGACAUAGAAGACAUCUAGUGGGAAUUGAGGACGAAGACUCAUCUGACGAGGAGGGAAAUGCUGCGAGUGACAAAACAACAUUUGCAACAAAAGGCGAUAGCGGCGCCAUCAUCUGUAAAGACGAUAUAGAUUCAGUUCAUAACAAAGUUGUGGCAAUUUCUAUGCUGAUAGGAGAACAAACGAACACACACAGACAAACUGUAACGCUGAAAGAAAGUAAAACAUUCCAGCGACAGGUGUCUAAGAGUUCCACUGGAAGUCAAUCAAGUGCAUCAGCUGAAUUUCAAGCCGAGAAUCAAGUCCCUAGGGUUGAUUCAACAACGGCAGGUAAAAGAGUAUAUCUAUCAUUCCAACUCCAAGCAGGCCUUCAGCAACUUAAUCAAGUUCAUGAGAGCGAAUUCAAGUUAUGUUAACAAUAGUUCGACAUCAUAAUUUGUCAGAAUUCAACGGUUUCGAUAGUGAAACAAAUAAAGACUUACCGCUUUAACAUCGACAUAAAGCACACGUUACAAUAUUUAUGAAGACAACUUGGCUAAGAUAAAAUAAUGGUUAUUGCUUUGGACAAUCAUUAUUUAUAUAAGAUUCGCAGGUGCAGGCCAAUCAAGAUGCUCUACGAAAUAACUUCUUGCAAAUAAGUGAAUCACGCUGAAAAAAAUGCCGACGCCAUUCGUUUGCCUAUUUACCGUCAAUCGGCGUACACUUUAUCUACGCAAGCGACGUUCAACUGACAUGAAGAAGUGAUGUUCCGGUAUUCGGAGGAUAACCGGCCUGAUAAAGCCCUUCAUGUGUUUGAUUAAUUGUAUUAAAAACAUUAAAUAUACAGUUGUGUAAAAAUAUCAAAUUAGUGAAGAUUUUAUUAAUUGUACUAUUAUAUUUCACACAUUCAUCUUGUAAAGUAUUCAUCAUUUAAAUCAUAAUUAUGUUAGGUAAGAUUGUUUUGUUUGAUAAUUUUUCUUGGAACGUACAUUUGCAAUGAUUGCUUUUCAAAUCCGCUCGAGUUUCGUGUUCUCUAAUAGUCAUGAGUUCUGAGAAAAAGAGAGUCCAAGACAUAAUUUGUUUGUACACAAUAGUUUAAAAUUGUUCAUAUUUCUGGUUAACAUAUAAAACUGAAGAGGUCUUCAGAUUUUGUUCUACAAUAGAUCUCGGCAGCACGGUAAAAUAAAUCACUGGUAACAUGAACAAGUGAAUAUUUUACAAAAUGUUAUACCUUUAAUAGGAAAUGGCAACAAAUAGAAAAUAAAGUUUUUAAUAGCAGUUCACUCUUACAUACUAGUAUGCUUUCAGGCUGGUGUAUCUUUAUAUCUGAAAUAUACACAUACUACUGUCAUUUAUAAUACGAAUCUUCUUUUAAGCUAGUAAUAUUUAAUUUUACCUUACUUCUAAAAGCACCUUUCCUCUAUCUUGUUACACAUAAUUUAUCCAAUCUCUUUAUUAUUUGUUUGUUUAUAAUAAGUCCGAAAUAUCAACCUGUUUUGAUCAAUUAACUGUUGUUUAAUGAACUGAUUCAAAUGUUUCAAAUUAACGCUUUGUUUUGUAUAACAUAGAAUGUUGUGUACUUGGUUGUAUAAAUGUCAAUUCGGGCAACACAAACAUUAACCAGGCCCAAACUUCUCGAAUCAUCUCAAAUCUUUUAUAACAGGAUAAAGCUAUUUCUGUUUUUGAAUAAUGCGUGUAAUAUGUUUAUUCUGGAGACAAUAAACUUAUUUGUAUUUAGAAAUAUCAAGAUAAAGUAGGAAAUGGAGAUGAAAUAAUAAAAUAAGCUACUGAAGAGUGUAAUGGGUAAGAACUUUCGAGAAAUUUGGGUAUCACAUUAAAACUCGAAAUAUACGAGUUCCAGAAGA